UAUGGGCCAAGCUGCAACGCAGCCAAGUACCAACUGGAAUCUGAAAGAAAAUGCAAGAGAACACCACACAAGUAAAUUUUCUAGUGAAGAACUGGUUGUGAGGAGAGGACAGGCCUUCACUAUCACCUUCAAUGGAACAGAACAGCCUGAGAAAAACCUAAUAUUCAUUGCAGAAACAGGUCCAAAACCCUCAAAGACAACCAAGACCCUGGCCACGUUUGAUGUCUCCAGCACAGCGAGCAAGGAGGGCUGGAGUGCAGUUCUGCAGUCCAGCAGCUCCAGCUCUGUGAGCAUCUCCAUCUCCAGCCCACACAAUGCUGUCAUUGGGCGCUACAGGCUGAGUGUUCAAAGUGGCACCUCCUCUCCAGCAAUUCUUGGCACUUUUGUUUUGCUCUUUAACCCUUGGUCUUCAGGUGAUAAUGUGUUCAUGCCUGACAAGGCUGAGUGUGAGGAAUAUGUGCUAGAAGAGUUUGGCAUCAUUUUUGCAGGCAAUAAAAAUCAUAUCAGCAGCUUUCCAUGGAACUUUGGCCAGUUUCAAGGAGACAUCCUCAACAUUUGCCUGUCCAUCCUGGACAGAAGCUUGUACUACCGACAGGAUCCUGUCACUGAUGUGUCUCACCGCCACGACCCCAGGUACCUGGGCCGUGUUCUCAGUGCAAUGGUCAACGCCAAUGAUGACCAAGGGGUGGUGCUAGGAAACUGGAGUGGAAAGUACGAGGGUGGCAAAAAUCCCACCAGCUGGACAGGAAGUGUUGAAAUCCUGCAAAGCUGGAAGAAAUCAGGAUUCAAACCUGUCAAAUAUGGACAGUGUUGGGUUUUUGCAGCAGUAUUGACUACAGUGCUGAGAUGCCUGGGGAUUCCCACUCGUACAAUUACAAACUUCAGUUCUGCCCAUGACGCAGAUGGAAAUCUGCGAGUGGAUGAGUAUUAUGAUGCAGAUGGAAAUCAUUUGGAGAGGGGAGCUGACAGUGUGUGGAAUUUCCAUGUCUGGAAUGAAAGCUGGUUUACACGAAAUGACUUGGGCCCCUCAUACAGUGGAUGGCAAAUUCUGGAUGCAACUCCCCAAGAGGAAAGUGGAGGAAUUUAUCAGUGUGGUCCUGCCUCACGGCAUGCCAUCAAAGAAGGAGAAGUUGAUCUGGACUACGACGGCCCAUUCGUGUUUGCAGAAGUGAAUGCAGACUGCAUGUACUGGAAUUAUGACUCUGCAACUGGAAAGAAAACUUUGAUAUUCUCUAAGUCUACAGAAAUUGGUGACUCCAUCAGUACAAAGGCAGUUGGUAGAGAUGCUCGUGUAGAUGUCACCAGGGAUUAUAAAUAUGAGGAAGGCUCUGCAAAAGAAAGAGAAAUUUUUAAAAAAGCCCGGAAGAAGCUGGGACUUGAGGAUAAAUUUGAUCCUACAGCACCAAAACGAGAGGAAAUUGAACAGAAGCCUGACAUCUCAGGAAAAUUCAAGGUGGCUGGCUCUUUAGAAGUUGGCAAAGAUCUCGACCUGCUUCUGGUUCUUGAAAAUUUACAAUCUGAUGCUAAGACUGUAAAUGUAAAGAUGACUGCAUGGAGCACUCUCUAUACCAGAAGACGAGUUAGUCAGAUCUGGAAGGACUCCCUAUCUGUCACUCUGGCCCCAAAGGAAGAAAAACAAUUUCCCAUUAAGAUAAAGUAUCCUGAAUACCAGCAGCAGUUAACUACAGACAAAACAAUCCAGGUCACAGCUUUAUGUCAUGUAGAAAAUGGGAUUCAAGUGCUUGUGAAAAGAAACAUCACCCUGGAUAAUCCUGGCAUCGACAUACAGGUUCUUGGUGAAGCAAAAGUGAACAAGGAGGUGGCUGUGGAGGUGGCAUUUACCAAUCCUAUCAACGCGGAGGUGAAGGACUGCGUGCUGCAGGUGGAGGGCAGUGACCUGCUCCAAGGAGUCCUGGAGUUACAGAUACCACCACUGAAAGCCAGUGAGAAAUCCAGCACCAAGUUUAAACUUAUCCCUUCUGAGGCGGGUCCCAAAUAUCUCGUUGUUAAUUUCUCCUGUGAUAAAUUUGCAGAUAUCAAGACCUUUAAGGUGAUAAAUGUGAUUAACUAACAUGAAGAUAUACAAGGAGAGGUCUGUGUGUGUAUAAACUGAA